GCAGGUUGCCACGUGUUCUCUCUCACAAGGAAGGUAAAAAUGGCGACGUUGUGAAAACUAAUCUGUUACUUUUCCUUGUUGCAGAUGCCGUUUGGUGGAGUGACAGUGAAGGACGUGCCUUCGCACGAGUUUAUCAAGGCCCUAUCUGAGUGGCUAAAGAAGAGUGGAAAGAUAAAGCUCCCGGAUUAUGUUGACUAUGCCAAGACAGCAAAACACAAGGAGCUGGCUCCAUACGACAAAGAUUGGUACUACGUUCGAGCAGCGUCUGUUGUGCGACACAUCUACCUCAGGAGGGGGGUUGGUGUUGGAGCUCUCAGGAAAGUGUAUGGAGGUCGGAAACGUCGCGGAACACGACCUGGGAGGUAUGUGUUGGCCUUUGCCUCUGUACACCGCCACGUCCUCCAGCAGCUGGAGAUGAUGAAACUUAUCGAGCAGGACGAAGAGAAUGGUGGUCGCAGAAUAACGUCAAAGGGACAAAAAGAUCUUGACCAGAUUGCUGGACAGGUCAUCACAGAUAAGAAGAAGUAAAUGUGAUGUGAACAUGUUUAUUGUUUUAUCACUAUCAAAUUGCAUGACGUGAUCGCGAAUGUGUAACUCCACAUUAGUAUAUAGGACAAGGACAGCAUGCUGAUGCAGCAUGGACAAACGACUAUA